GUCCAUUAGUUCCUCAAAAUUUCUAGCAUGUGGCCACGAUUCAUUGUCUUCAGAUUCCAUCCCCAUGGCCAUGGCCACUUCCAACCUCUCUCAGCCAAUUUGGCGUCCAUUCCCCACGGCGUGCGCCGCUUUCCGACCAACCAGCACCGCCGUCAGCCUCCGGCGGCACCGCAGAAGCAACAGCCACUUCAAGUGGGCCAUUCAACUGGGCCUAGCCGAGCAAAGCCCACCAAAAUCAACCUUCGACAUGCAACAGCUCGUGGGCUUUCUCUACGAGGAUCUCACGCACCUCUUCGACGAUCAGGGUAUCGACAAAAGGGCCUAUGACGAACGCGUCUUCUUUCGAGACCCAAUCACCAAACACGAUACUUUGGAUGGCUACCUCUUCAACAUUGCUCUUCUCAAAACACUCUUUAGACCCCAAUUUCACUUGCAUUGGGUCAAACCGACAGGACCGUAUGAGAUAACUACAAGGUGGACCAUGGUUAUGAAAUUCGUGCUGCUUCCGUGGAAACCGGAACUGGUCUUUACCGGGACCUCGGUUAUGGGCAUUAACCCAGAAAAUGGCAAGUUCUGUAGCCACGUAGAUUUUUGGGAUUCAAUAGAGAAAAAUGACUAUUUUUCGUUGGAAGGUUUGUUGGAUGUAAUCAAACAGUUGAGGAUUUAUAAAACACCGGAAUUGGAAUCACCCAAAUAUCAAAUUUUGAGAAGGACAGCAAAUUAUGAGGUUAGACAGUAUGAUCCAUUCAUAGUAGUAGAAACAAAUGGAGACAAGCUAUCUGGGUCUACUGGCUUUAAUGAUGUUGCUGGAUAUAUAUUUGGAAAGAAUUCCACAAUGGAGAAGAUACCAAUGACUACUCCUGUGUUCACUCAAGCCAAUGAUGCUGACCUGUCCAAAGUUUCGAUCCAAAUAGUUCUUCCGUUAGACAAAGAAACAGGAAGUUUACCAAAUCCUGAUAAAGAAACAGUUCGCUUGAGAAAGGUUGAAGGAGGCAUUGCUGCAGUAAUGAAAUUUAGUGGAAAACCUGCAGAGGAUAUUGUUCAGGAGAAGGAGAAAACCCUGCGGUCUAAUAUCAUUAAAGAUGGUCUUAAACCUCAGCCUGGUUGUCUACUUGCACGGUACAAUGAUCCGGGUCGAACAUCAACUUUUGUAAUGAGGAAUGAAGUGCUCAUAUGGCUAGAUGAGUUCUCGUUGGAUUAGCAUCAAUGCAGUAAACGUAGCUGCUUUUUAUAUCUUUGGCUGAGUAUAUGAAAGAUAUUGUUAGAAAUUCUCUCAUACAAGAAGGGUUGUUUGGAACCAAAAAUAGGCUAUUUACUACACAUCGAGUAAAAAGUUAAAUAGCGGAUGAUUGAAGUACAUGUUUAUUAGUUGCUACUCAUCAAAUUGUAAAAGAAAAGUAAGUGUGCAGUAUGCAGUUUCAUUUAUUCUUUGUCCACCUGCAAUUUAUGUAAUUACAUUAUUCAACAAAGGAAAAGUGCUGCGUUAUGAUACCUACUUUU